AUGGUAGCAAGAAAGUUCUCAGCUGCAAGUUCCUCAAAAGCGGCAGCCGCUGUAUCUCCUGCUCCGAAAAAACCAACAAUCCCAUAUCCGGUUGAUACUUCAGUCGGACCAAUGUACCGUUAUCAAAAAGCAUUACCUCGUCUGCCAGUUCCUGCGUUAGCUAACACCCUCGAUGUAUAUUUAAAAUCAGUCCAGCCACUUGUAACUGAGGAACAAUACGCGAAGACGAGACAAGCCGUUGAACAGUUCAAAAAACCUGGUGGAGUUGGAGAAGAGCUUCAAAAACGUUUGUUGGCGAAAGCUAAUGACCCUAAGGUCGUGAAUUGGUUAGAAGAUUGGUGGAAUGAUUUAGCUUAUUUCGGGUACAGGGAUCCGGUGGUGGUUUACGUGAGUUACUUCUUUGCCUACAAAGAUGAUAAAUUAAGAAAAGAUCCGGCAAGUCGCGCUGCUUCAAUUAUUACUGCCGCUUUAGAGUUUCGGAAACUAGUUUUAAAUGAACAGCUUGAGCCCGAAUACGCAAAAGGUCUUCCUCUUUGUAUGGACUCUUACAAAAAUAUGUUUCACGCUUGUAGAUACCCAACGAAACCAUCAGAUUGCGAAAAAGUUUACGAUCCUAACACUUAUAAUCAUAUAACGGUGAUUCGGAACAACAAAUUUUACAUUGUGGAAUUGGCCAAAGAUGGUAAACAAUUGUCUACGGCAGAACUCGAAAGUCAAAUCCGUAAAAUCUAUGAUCUGGCAGGUUAUACUAAAGAUCCCGCUCUCGGUGCGCUUACGUCAGAAAACAGAGAUAUCUGGACAGAGGCCCGUAAAAAAUUCAUAGCUGCAGAUCCAAAGAAUGAAGAAUUAUUGCGCAAGAUUGAAACUUCAGCCUUUGCAGUUUGUUUGGAUGACACAAGCCCAAUCACGCGGGAAGAAAUUAGUCAUGCUUGUUGGGUUGGUGAUGGUCGAAAUCGUUUCAAUGAUAAAUCUCUUCAGUUCAUUAUUUUUGAGAAUGGAAAGGCUGGUUUCAUGGGCGAGCACUCUUCAAUGGACGGUACCCCCACAUCCCGCCUGAAUGACUUUGUUUGCGAUGUUAUUGCCAAGAAUAAAGUUGAUCAUGGAUCUGCGGAUGUUCGACCUAAUCUAUCAGCGCCAUACAAAUUAGAAUUCACCUUCAACAAAGAAAUUGUCGACAUCAUUCGAAAUGCAGAAAAAAACUUCGAUGACCUUGUUGCCAAGCAUGAUCUUCGCGUGCAAGCAUACCAAGGCUAUGGCAAGAAUCUAAUAAAGAAACUUGGUUUUUCACCGGAUGCAUAUGUACAGAUGAUUAUACAAUUGGCCUACUAUAAAACUUACGGUCUCAGUAGGGCUACGUAUGAGAGUGCGCAAACGAGAAAAUUCCAGCAUGGAAGAACAGAAGUUUGUCGUACGGUAUCGAAUGAUUCGGUGAAAUGGGUUAAAGCGAUGGAGGAUCCUCAUGUUUCGAUUGAAGAAAAAGCAAAUUUGGGGAGAAAAGCAAUUGAGGCUCAUGUUAAAUACAUGAGCGAAGCUGUAGAAGGACGAGGUUGUGAUCGCCAUUUAUUAGGGCUUCGUCUCUCUCUAAAACCCGGUGAAUCCAUGCCAUCAAUCUUUACUGAUCCCGCAUACGCCACAUCCACCCAUUGGAACCUCUCAACCUCACAGCUGUCGUCCGAAUACUUUGUCGGUUAUGGUUGGGGUGAAGUAGUACCUGAUGGCUACGGUAUUGCAUACAUGAUCAAUAAUAAUUUCCUCAACUUCAAUAUUGUAUCGAUGCAUUUACAGAAUGAUAAGAUGUGGCAUUACUUGAGAGAAGCUGCUGAUGAGAUGCGUGAAGUGUUUGAAUAUGCACAGGCGAAGCGUAAUGAAAUGUCUUCUAAAUUAUGA